AAGAUCGUACAAUACUUCCCUCCAUCAUAAACCUUUGAGUUUACAAAGCAUCUCAAUCCUCACAGUAAUCUAUGGCUGUGGUUGUCACUAUCUGCCAACCACCCUCUUUCCCAUCUCAGGUAUCAGGAGGUGGUCCACUGCCCCCAGUAAGCACCCUGACCUCACUCCACAGUCUGUCUGCCUCGCCUUCUCCCCCCCAGGGACUCAUCAUGGCCUCCUUGCCCAGCGCCAUGAGUCUGGGAGAGUCCUGUCUCCUCAUAGGUCAAACAGUACCUGUCAUCAACAACAUGGGAGGCGGGUUCACCACCCUUCAGCCAAUCUCUUUCCAGCAGCAACUCACAAAGCAGUUUCAGAAUCAUAUGGGCCACAGUCCUUUCAUGGCAACCAUGACAGGGUUUCCAUGUCACAUGUACAGCAAGUCUGAUAUGUCCCACUACCCUCCGUCCAGCCUACUGUCCCAAGCCAUGGUUGUCACUGACAGCAGUAGCCUUGGAACACUGACCAGUCUAAGCGCAGUCAGACAGAUUCUGACAACAGACCCUGGGGAGGAGACAGAACCCAUCCAGGAUGACUCUCUACACCUGCAAUCUCCUUCACCUAUGCCAGACAUCAACUCCUACAUUCCUGAACAUAUGAUCUCUACUGCACAGUAG